AUGGGCACCACAAAUGGCUCGUCAAACCUCAAAGCCUUUGAAGAUCACGAAGGGAAACACAGCCCGUUUUCCCCUUCCUCACUACCUGAUUCCUCGCACGAUGUUAAAGCCAAUGAGGACAGCUUAAAUUCGUCCGAGAGCUUACUCAUAGAAGAGCAGCCCUCGUGGCUCGAUGACCUCCUUAACGAGACAGAGACUGUUAUCUUUGACAGAGGCCAUCGUCGGGCGGCGAGCGACUCUUACGCAUAUUUGGGGAACUUGGCUGACGAGGCUUUCAGCUUCGAGGAUGAGUCGAAGUACAUCGACUCAUUGUUCGGGCCAUGUAAUUCGAUGCCCUUCAGGAAUGUGGGCCUUAGUGAGGCCAGACGGGGUUUGUCGUUGGCCCAGAAGAAUAAUCAGGGCUCUGAGGGAUUGGUAGAGCACAGCAGAGAGGAGUCUCGUUCACGAAAAAUUGAGGACUCACUCAAUAGAGCUACUGGUUCUGACAUUAAGCCUUCUGGAUCAAAGGCUGAUUCUAAACGUUCUAAACAGCACAAUGCUCAUCGGUCGAGGGUAAGGAAACUUCAAUACAUAUCUCAUUUGGAAAGGACUCUUCAAAUUUUGAAGGCAGAAGGAUCACAAUUCUCUGCCGAGCUCGAAUUCCUUGAGCAGCAAAAUAUGUUACUGACAAUGGAAAAUCGAGCCCUUAGGCAGCGGCUAGAGAGCAUUUCUCAUGAGCAGCUUAUCAAACAAUGGGAACAAGGAAUGCUAGAGAGAGAAAUGGGGAGGCUGCAAACUCUUUACCACAUGCAAAAGCAACAGCAGAUGGAAGUGCAAAAUCCACUGCACCACAAACACCGUCGUAAUAGAAGUAAAGAAAACUUUGAUUAUCAAAUGUACAAUGGCCCUGUCAAGAACAAGGAUGACAUGGCGAGCCCCAGCAGAGGUUCGGUUUAA